GUGUAUAUAUAUAUAUCUAUCUAUAUAUCUAUCUAUAUAUAUCUAUAUCUAUAUAUAUAUCUAUAUAUCUCUCUCUGAAAUAGUCUGGGAAUUGAUACUAAUCCAUAACACUCAAGAAGGUUUCCACAUGUCACUUAUUUCUAAGAAUAAGAACAUUUUGUCAUUCUUAUAAUUUUGAUGCACAAAGUUCUACUUUGCUUUAUACAUAUGGCCCUGGUGUUGGAUCUGAGUGGUGGGACAUGUAUUUUACACACAAGAAGUUAUCAUUCAAAACCGAAAAGAGAUGUAUAGUGUUAGGUCAGUUAGGUGAUGUGUACCAAAUGUAAGUGUUAGUCUGCAAAUUCAAAAUCACUUCUUACUGCCAUUGGAAUUAAUUGGAAUUAGACAAAUGUCUGUUUCUCAGGUCCUAGAGGAUAAUGACUACGGCCGGGCGGUGGACUGGUGGGGUCUGGGUGUUGUCAUGUACGAAAUGAUGUGCGGCCGUCUGCCUUUCUACAACCAGGACCAUGAGCGUUUAUUUGAGCUCAUACUCAUGGAGGAGAUCCGCUUCCCCAGGAACCUGUCGCCUGAGGCCAAGUCCCUGCUGGCUGGCCUGCUCAAGAAGGACCCCAAACAGAGGUUGGGUGGAGGUCCCAACGAUGCCAAAGAAGUAAUGAGUCACAAAUUUUUCAUCACCAUCAACUGGCAGGAUGUGGUACAAAGGAAGCUCACCCCACUCUUCAGACCGCAAGUGACUUCAGAGACAGACACCCGGUACUUUGAUGAUGAGUUCACAGCACAGACCAUCACGCUUACUCCUCCAGACAAGUAUAACAGUCUGGAAUGUGAGGAUCCCGGCCAACAGGCACAUUUCCCGCAGUUCUCCUAUUCUGCUAGCAUAAGAGAGUGAUCGCAUCUCUGCCACACACACAAAAACACAGGAGGCAUGAACACCUGAGCCACAUCCUUGCAGGUAUAAAAUGAGCAGAACCUCCAUUUUCAAUGAGGUUUUAGUCCAUCAGGAUCUAAGUGCCUCAGCUGGUGGCCAUUUUGUUCAAUAGAACCACACUACGGACAAAGCCUGGCCACACUGGCUGUACUGUAUCAAACUGGACUUCAGUACCUCACAUAGUAAUCAGCACAACUCAACCACACAAUGCCUGUAGCACCUUUGGAUGGCCUCCAAAAAACUACUGCUGCUUUUCCAGACUAUAAACCACCAAUCAUUUUAACACACUCUUUUUAUGGUCUUUAUGGAAGCCAUACAGUUCCUCCAUGAUGUUUCCAAGUGCUCUUCUUCAGAACUAGCUGUCACCACCGGUGAUAGAUGGGUUUGUAUCUGAGGGAGAAAGCAGUUUGUUGGGCGUCUUUCUGUUGGGUGUGUGUGUGGAUCUUUUUUUACUUUUGAGAAAAGGGCGUCGUCAAAUCCAAACUGAAUGUCAUCAGUUUACUCUGAACAAGUCUGUCAGAGCAUGAGCUUUUGUGUGUCUUAAUACAAUGCUCAAUAUGCGCCGGGAACAACGGAUUAAUUGAUAACACAUGAUGAUCAGUGUCUCCGUGGAGAAAAGCUUUUAAGUGAAGCAUGAAUUGUCCUUUGUAAACUGUUUGCAAUGAAAACAAAUAAUUUGUUUAUUAGUUUGCUCUCAUCUCAGAAUUUGAUCUCUGUGAACAGAUCUGUCAAGUGUGACAUGUCAAUUAUAUAGGAAUUGGGAGUACCUUAAUGCACAAGGUGUAUAUGUUAUUGUAUCUGUGUAGCAAUAUUCACACCAUCCAUGUCAUUUAAGAGACUUAAUAAGCACUUAAUGAUUUGAAGCAGACCUCAUAUUUCUCAGAUGGACCAUGUUCAUAAUGUAGCUGAAAGCUUCCUGGAUUGGUGUCGGUGCUUAUUAUUUUUUAAACAUCUCAUGGAAAUGUGUCUGUGAUACAGAGUUUCACAAACUGUCCGAUUCCUAAUCCUGUUGACUUUUCCUGUGGUCGGACACUGUAGGUUCUGAUUUACGUCAACCGUUGGCCAGAUUUUGACUUUCAAUUUCCCCAAAGUACUUGCACUUGUUGCAUGCAGACAACAUUUAACAAGAACUUUGGCUUUUAUUUUGGUUACAUGAAAAAAAUAAAAGUAGAAACCAUAAACAGUAGGUAUUAAAGUAUUAUAUCUGUACUGAAACUCAGAUGUUGUAUCAGCACUAUUUCUGAAAAAAACACCAAGCAAACAAAUUCACAGUGCUUUGAGACCACAUGUUCAUAUUUGGAGUGUCAUCAUUUCUUAGCAUUCAAAGCUACCCCUGUAAUAUUUCCAGUUCACUUAUACAUUUUUUAUAAUGUAUGUUUGUAGACUUUCUAUGAAGUUAGUCUUUCCUCAGAUCAUAACUCACCAUUUGAUACUUAACCUGUUUGAAACUUUACAAGUUUGAAUGUCGUCCUGGCUAUUAUGUAUGUCAUCUCUUUGUAAAUCCACACCACUGCUGCUUCUCACACUUGACCAAGCUGGAGAGCUAGGUUAUCCAGCGAGCUGUGUAUAUCAUGAACAUGGUCCAUUGUGAGAUUUUGUGUUUGAGUGCAAUGACUUGCAAGUAUGCCUUUUUAUUAUUUCCAGUUCUUCCCAUCUAUUAUUCAUUGCUGCACAUCAUUAAAUGUUAAAAAGGGGAGGUUCACCGUUAAGAUUUGCAAUACUGGGUUUUAUACUGUACAUGAAUAUGCGCCCAACAUUGUAUUGGUGCUACACUGAUGAGUCACUGGUAAUAAAUAAAAGAGCUGUUGCAGACAACCUGCUUCCUGUUGCUCACAGAUAAAAAA